GUAUCAGUGUUGCCGCAAGUAACACCACCUUCCAACAUGCCUACUAACUGGGGUAAUAACAAUCAAGAUUGGCAAAAUGCAUCUGCAGUUAAUAGGAGGAGGACAUUUGCUAGACCGUCAGUGCCUGUACCUCCGACAGUUGUUUAUCCCAAUGCCACUACUCUAGUCAACUGGCAGCAGCCUUGGGGAGAUCCACUUUCUAUGAAUACUGUCCGACAUCCGUUCUCACUUGCUCCCAUUACAGAAAUAGCUCCGGAAAUUUUAGAAACAAAAUUGUCAUCAUUGAACGUCGCAGGUGUUUGUGACUUAUUAAGCAACAUUCCUGAUUUGCAUGCUGCAGCGUUGGAAUCCUACAGCAAAGUCAUACAAGAAAACAACAUAAGCGGUAGAGUUUUAUUGCAUUGUGAUCUGGAUGAACUUAAAAAGAUUUUAAAGAUGAACUUUGGCGACUGGGAAAUCUUCAAGAUGCUUAUAGUGUCUCUAAGGGAACAAGAAUUAUCAUCGGUUGUGACGCAUCGGGAAAUAAAACCGAGGCCAUUAGGUAUUACCAAACAAGCUGCUUCUACAACAACUAGAGAACGUAAAGGUACUACUUAAAUUAUUUUUGGUAUAACAAAG